UCUGUUCAGCUGUUUGUUAAUCUCUUUUACUAUGGCUCUAGUGGAAACACUUCUCCUGAAUGUCUCCAGCACAGGAGCUUUACUCGCUGCUCUUCUGCUGCUUUUGGUUAUUAAUUUCUGCUUCAGGUCUCCAGAAGAUGAUCAAGAACCUCCAGGACCCAAACCACUGCCACUUGUGGGAAACCUGCACAUUCUGGACCUUAAACAACUUCAUGUGAGCCUCUGGAAUUUAUCCAAGAAAUAUGGGUCAGUGUUCAAAGUUCAUCUUGGACCCAAAAAGAUUGUGGUUUUGGCCGGAUACAAGACGAUUAAACAAGCACUUGUGAACCAGGCUGACGAAUUCGGGGAAAGAGACAUAACACCCAUAUUCCAAGACAUCAAUGAAGUACAUGGAAUCAUGUUUACAAAUGGUGAUAGGUGGAAAACCCUGAGAAAAUUUUCUCUCUCAACUCUUCAAGACUUUGGGAUGGGAAAGAAACUGAGCCAAGAGAAAAUUAUUCAGGAGACGCGAUAUCUGCGGGAAGUUUUUGAGACCUUCCAAGGAAAUCCUUUUAAUACAACCCAGCCAGUUAAUUAUGCCAUUUCUAACAUCAUCUCAGCUAUUGUUUUUGGAGAUCGGUUCGAAUAUGAGGACCCAAAGUUUAACGAAAUGGUUGACAGGGCAAACCAGUUAAUCCUCAUGAUGGGCUCUGCUUCCAUACAGAUCUACAACGUGUUUCCAGUGCUUAGGCCGUGGCUGAAGACCUGGAGACUGCUAAUAGAAAGUGGGGAGAAAUACCAUGCUGAAAUACAGGUGCUGGUGGAUCGCUUGCAGAAGACUUUAAACCCUCUCGACUGCAGAGGAUUAGUUGAUGCCUUCCUCAUUCAAAAACAAAGCUUAGAGAAAUCUGGAGAAAAUGAUUCGCAAUUUAAUGAUAUGAACCUGCUCAUGAUUGUGUCCAACCUGUUUGGUGCCGGUACUGACACCACCGGCACAACGCUAUGCUGGGGUUUACUGCUCAUGGCCAAAUAUCCUCACAUACAAGAUCGUGUUCAUGAGGAAAUUGACAGGGUGCUUGAUGGACGUGAACCGGUUACAGAGGACAGGAAGAAUUUACCUUACACAGUUGCUGUGAUCCAUGAAAUCCAGAGACUGGCGAAUUUAGUGCCCUUGAAUCUGCCACAUAAAACCAGCCGUGAUGUGAACUUCAAUGGAUAUCUCAUCAAGAAGGGGACGUGUGUUCUGCCACUGCUGACAUCUGUUUUGAGAGAUGAGAGCGAGUGGGAGACGCCCGACACUUUUAACCCUGAACACUUCCUCAAUGAGAACGGUCAGCUGAUCAAACGUGACGCCUUCAUGCCCUUCUCUGCAGGACGCAGGAUUUGUUUAGGAGAGGGUUUGGCCAGGAUGGAGCUCUUUCUGUUCUUCACUUCUCUUCUUCAGUGUUUUCACUUCACUCCUCCACCUGGAGUCUCUGAAGAUGAAUUGGAUCUCACACCAGUUGUGGGUAUCAUCUUGAACCCCUCACCACACAAACUGUGUGCAGUCAGUAGGGCAGAACAAAAAAAUCUCAAAAUCUCUUUUAUUAUGGCUUUAGUGGAAACACUUCUCCUGAAUGUCUCCAGCACAGGAGCUUUACUCGCUGCUCUUCUGCUGCUUUUGGUUAUUUAUUUCUGCUUCAGGUCUCCAGAAGAUGACCAAGAACCUCCAGGACCCAAACCACUGCCACUCGUGGGAAACCUGCAUCUUCUGGACCUUAAACAACUUCAUGUGAGCCUCUGGAAUUUAUCCAAGAAAUAUGGGUCAGUGUUCAAAGUUCAUCUUGGAUCCAAAAAGAUUGUGGUUUUGGCCGGAUACAAAACGGUUAAACAAGCACUGGUGAACCAGGCUGACGAAUUCGGGGAAAGAGACAUCACACCUAUAGUCCAAGACAUUAAUGAAGGACACGGAGUCAUCUUUACAAAUGGUGAUAGGUGGAAAACUAUGAGAAGAUUUGCUCUCUCAACUCUUCGAGACUUUGGGAUGGGAAAGAAACUGAGCGAAGAGAAAAUCAUUCAGGAGACGCGAUAUCUGCGGGAAGUUUUUGAGACCUUUCAAGGAAAUCCUUUUAAUACAACCCAGCCAGUAAAUUAUGCCGUUUCUAACAUCAUCUCAGCUAUUGUUUAUGGAAAUCGUUUCGAAUAUGACGACCCAAAGUUUAACGAAAUGGUUGACAGGGCAAACCAGAUCAUCCACAUGACCGGCUCUGCUUCCAUACAGAUCUACAACAUGUUUCCAGUGCUUAGACCGUGGCUGAAGACCUGGAGACUGCUAAUGGAAACUUUGGAGAAAUACCAUGCUGAAAUGCAGGUGCUGGUGGAUCGCUUACAGGAGACCUUUAACCCUCUCGACUGCAGAGGAUUAGUUGAUGCCUUCCUUAUCCAAAAACAAAGCUUAGAGAAAUCUGGAGAAAAUGAUUCACAAUUUAAUGAUCUGAACCUGCUCAUGACUGUGUCCAACCUGUUUGGUGCCGGUACUGACACCACCGGCACAACGCUACGCUGGGGUUUACUGCUCAUGGCCAAAUAUCCUCACAUACAAGAUCGUGUUCAUGAGGAAAUUGACAGGGUGCUUGAUGGACGUGAACCGGUUACAGAGGACAGGAAGAAUUUACCUUACACAGACGCUGUGAUCCAUGAAAUCCAGAGACUGGCGAAUUUAGUGCCCUUGAAUCUGCCACAUAAAACCAGCUGUGAUGUGAACUUCAAUGGAUAUCUCAUCAAGAAGGGGACGUGUGUUCUGCCACUGCUGACGUCUGUUUUGAGAGAUGAGAGCGAGUGGGAGACGCCCGACACUUUCAACCCUGAACACUUCCUCAAUGAGAACGGUCAGCUGAUCAAACGUGACGCCUUCAUGCCCUUCUCUGCAGGACGCAGGAUUUGUUUAGGAGAGGGUUUGGCCAGGAUGGAGCUCUUUCUGUUCUUCACUUCUCUUCUUCAGUGUUUUCACUUCACUCCUCCACCUGGAGUCUCUGAAGAUGAAUUAGAUCUCACACCAGUUGUGGGUCUUGUCUUGAACCCCUCACCACACAAACUGUGUGCAGUCAGUAGGGUAGAAAAACAAAAGGCAAAAUAACUAGUUAAAUAUAUACCUCAUAAAGAUUGUAAAACAUAAAGACUCUUAAAGUGGCAUCCAGUGACUUCUUUGUAGAGGGCAUACGACUGCAAAGUUCGUCAAAACGUGUUGCUCAUCAUGUCUAAAUAUGUGUUUGGUGCGUCAUGUGAAUCUAUGUGCACCACACAUGCAAAAAUAUGUGCCUGCUGCAGACGCUUCUAAAGGGUUUAUGAUAGACGUUUUGCGUUAGUGUCUUGCGAGUAUUUUGUGAACGUGAGCGUCUCUUUUAUCAUAAACAUGUUCGACACGUGUGCAGCAGGCACGUAUUUUGACAAGACUUAUGAUGCACAUUAGUUUACAUGACGCACCGAACACAUGUUUGGAAAUUGCGCUCUUUGGACGAAAAGUCAUCCAGCUGCCACUGGACACUUGUAUCACAUUAUAAGACUCUUAGACUAUUAUAUUAUCUCAUUAGCUUUUACAUUACACAUGUAUAUUCUGUGCUUAAACAUAUUCAAUUGUAUUUUUUGUUCGAAUAAAAAUAUAUAUGCUGUAUAAAUAAAUGUAGAUCAUGUAUGCAUGUAUGCAUUUGACCGAUACUUGUAUGCAAACUGACUUACAGGGCAUUUAAGCUAUACAUUUAUCAGUAUUUGUGUUCACUGGGAAUCAAACCCAUGAUCUUCUCGCUGCUAACCCAAUGAUCUAGCAGUUGAGCACAGGAACAUGAUAUUUCUGCAAUGAUAAAAGAAAAUACUCUUCUAGAGGAAAUCAAA